CGUCAUUCACCUUAUCCUGUGAUCCUCGGUGCUAACCCGUCCUUACCCGAAACUGCGAAUACAAAAAAGGUCCCCGCACCAGGCAGACACGAUGCACAAUCAUCACCUCGACACCCAUCGAAGGCGUCAGUCCCAACUGCAGACUCUAGCCAUGGAUUUCAACGGCUUCCACGAACUGCCAGAGGAGAUCAUCGACCACGUCUGCGCCAAUCUCCCCAAGCAGGACAUCCAUAAUCUCAGGUUGACUUGCAAACAUCUUGCAGCCAAGUCAUACCAUCAAUUCCUAGUGUGCCAUUUCCGGGCCGCCCAGUUCAUAUUCACGGAAGAGAGUCUGAGGACCCUGAUCAGCUUUGCGAAAGACCCGAAAAUCGGACCGGCCAUCAAAGAGCUGCAGCUAUGCCUGGUUACUUUUCCUCCGCAAAAGAAGCACGGUAUCCACGAGAACCCGCUUACCGAGCAGGAGAAAAAGGAGGCUUCCGAUAUUAAGCUGGUCGCUAAAACAGAGUUUGGCCCAAAACGCGUAUCGGAGACGGUUGACUCCGUACUGGAAGAGAGGCUGACGGCGUACUCCACCCAGCUGAAGCGGAAUCGACGAAGGCUAUAUAGCCGAUAUGAACAUGAUCAGCAUACCAUGCGGACAAAGAGCACAGAUGUAGAGAUGCUGAGUGAAGCGCUCCGCCUCCUUCCAGCCCUUGACAGCAUUACGCUGAUGGACCGACUUGACCGGAAUGACCCGCCUUGGGGAGCUAGGAAGAUCGUAAAUGAUACCAGCCUGUGGCCCGUGGCUGCAAGUGUGGCUGCAAUCCAGGAUGACGCGGAGCUUCGACACUAUUGGUUUUGGUCCGCCGUGGAACACGGUAACAAGAUCGAACGGCGCCUCAAGGCCUUCUCUGCGCAUAGCAUCGGUGUUGUUCUAGGUGCUAUUUACAGAAGUAGAAUCAAGCUCAAGGGCUCGUUGUCCUUCCGGUCAGCACCCUACAGCCUCCUUUUCCCAAUGACUCCUACCUCUCGGAACAAGACACCCCUGUCUACUCCAGCGAAAACAUUUGCCGAGAGCCAGAUUGAGGAACUGAAGCCUGCCAUGUCCAAGCUCACAGCUUUCUCAGUGAGCCUCUACGAAUAUCUCCGGGGCCUUGACCGUUGGGGCCUUGGGGAUUCGGCCGGUGUUGGCGAGGGUGUCCCGCUUGGAUGGAUCCUCAAACUCCUGCCGUUCAUGUCCGCCCUUCAGCGACUACACAUCGUCGGCGAGGGCUUCCGUGGCCUAACAGAAGAGAAGGAUCUUUGGAAAAGCUUCGCGGAUGAUAAGGUCUGCCUACCAAAGCUUUGCCAGUUGGAAAUUAGGUCAACCCAGUUCCGCGUCGCAGAUCUCUGUCAGGUAUUCGCCAACCACCGGGAUACACUUCAGGACGUUAGCAUUCAAGACUCUAUACCAAGCGGCGGGAACUACUUACAUCUUCUGCAAGCUUUGACGGAACUUCCGGCUAUGCGCGUCGUUGACCUUCUGAACGGCGCACCAUCAGCGCAUGUCUGGGUGCAACCACCUCGUGCCUCGGUAUUGCCGGGAUUUGGCACAUGCCACUUUCAUGCCGAAGGCCAGAGCCCAAGCAAGUUUCAGUGGGAGCUGAGAAGCCAAAUCCAGCCGCACCUUACGGCCAUCGGACUGACGCUUGAACAAGUGGCACAAUCAUUGUCAUAGGGAAGCAUCAGGCUGCUGCUUGUUACUUCCAUAGCAUUUUGCUACAGAAGAUAAAAAUGUUUCUGAGACGUUAUCAUACAUUUCUAUGUCUA